CCUCCUCCAUCCAGCUCCAAGGAAGGAAGGAGGAACUGCCCGAGCCGCAUGUGUCACUUCCAGUAUGCUGCAAACCCGUGCUGCUAUGUGACUGCCCGGGGACUAUUUAGCUUAGUUUUGAGGUUGGUGGGAAGCGAGGUUUGAAAGUUUGGGACUAAAAGCCGGUGUUUUCAGGGGGGUCGUGGGGUGCGUAGGGAAGGUGGUGCAAAGUGGUUUCGGAAGUGGAGCGUGGCAGCAACAAAAAAAAAAAAGGAAGAAGAAAAGGGGGGGGGGGGUGUUUUUCGUUCCUGUGUGAUUUAAAAAAGAUAGCUUGCUUCUCUCGCUUGCGUUGAAUAUGGCGGAGCAUCACCCGGUUACCGACAGCAGACACAAAUCCUCUCUGAACUCCGGAGCGUCGUACUCCGGGAACGGGCGGAGCAGCAGCAGCAGCAGCGCGGCGGCGGCGGUGGCCGAGAGAGGAGGAGGCAGCACCGCGGCUGCAGGAGACGACGGAGGAGGUGGAGGAGGAGGUGGAGGUCUGUCCGGCGGCGGCGGCCUGUCGCAGCCGGCCGGGUGGCAGUCCUUGCUGUCGUUCACCGUCCUGUUCCUGGCCUGGCUGGCCGGUUUCAGCUCCCGGCUCUUCGCUGUCAUCCGCUUCGAGAGCAUCAUCCACGAGUUCGACCCAUGGUUCAACUACAGGUCGACUCACCAUCUCACCACCAAUGGCUUCUAUGAGUUCCUUAACUGGUUCGACGAAAGAGCCUGGUACCCUCUGGGUAGGAUAGUGGGGGGGACGGUGUACCCUGGCCUGAUGGUCACCGCGGGCCUCAUCCACUAUGUGCUCAAUCUUCUGCACAUCACUGUCCACAUCCGGGACGUUUGUGUGUUCCUGGCUCCGGUGUUCAGCGGCCUGACCUCCAUCUCCACAUUUCUGCUCACCAAGGAGCUAUGGAACCAGGGGGCGGGGCUUCUCGCUGCCUGCUUCAUUGCAAUUGUGCCAGGCUACAUCUCCCGCUCUGUGGCCGGCUCCUUCGACAACGAAGGCAUCGCCAUCUUUGCCCUGCAGUUUACCUACUAUCUCUGGGUGAAGUCCGUAAAGACGGGAUCAGUAUUCUGGGCCAUCGGAUGCUGCCUCUCCUAUUUCUACAUGGUUUCAGCCUGGGGUGGCUACGUGUUCAUCAUCAACCUCAUUCCUCUUCACGUGUUUGUCCUGCUCCUUAUGCAGCGCUUCAGUAGAAGAGUCUACAUAGCCUACAGCACCUUCUACAUCAUCGGCCUGGUCUUGUCCAUGCAGAUCCCCUUUGUGGGCUUUCAGCCAAUCAGGACCAGUGAACACAUGGCUGCAGCAGGUGUGUUUGUGCUGCUUCAGGUCUAUGCCUUCCUGCAGUACCUGAAGGACAGACUGACCAGGCAGGAGUUCCAGACUCUGUUCUUGUUGGGAGUGUCUGUGGCUGCUGGAGUAGUUUUCCUCUCCGUCAUCUAUCUGACAUACACCGGGUACAUCGCUCCAUGGAGUGGACGUUUCUACUCCCUCUGGGAUACUGGCUACGCUAAGAUCCACAUCCCCAUUAUAGCUUCAGUGUCCGAGCACCAGCCCACCACCUGGGUGUCUUUCUUCUUCGACCUUCACAUCCUCGUCUGCACCUUCCCAGCCGGCCUCUGGUUCUGCAUUAAGAACAUCAACGAUGAGCGUGUCUUUGUGGCCUUGUAUGCCAUCAGCGCUGUGUAUUUCGCCGGCGUAAUGGUGCGUUUGAUGCUGACUCUGACCCCGGUGGUGUGCAUGCUGUCGGCGGUGGCCUUCUCUAGUGUCUUUGAACACUACCUGGGAGACGACAUGAAGAGGCAGAGCCCGCCCGCAGAGGACAGCAGUGACGAGGACGACAGGAAGAACGCUGGAAACCUCUAUGAUAAGGCCGGUAAAGUGAGAAAACACGUGUCGGAGCAGGAGAAGGCCGAGGAGGGCCUGGGUCCCAACAUCAAGUCCAUAGUCACCAUGCUGAUGCUGAUGCUGCUCAUGAUGUUCGCUGUGCACUGCACCUGGGUCACCAGUAACGCUUACUCCAGCCCCAGUGUUGUGCUGGCAUCGUAUAACCACGACGGCUCCCGGAACAUCUUGGAUGACUUCAGAGAGGCCUACUAUUGGCUGAGGCAGAACACAGACGAGCAUGCCAGAGUGAUGUCGUGGUGGGACUACGGGUACCAGAUAGCAGGCAUGGCAAACAGAACCACGCUGGUCGACAACAACACGUGGAACAACAGUCACAUAGCGCUGGUGGGCAAAGCCAUGUCAUCCAACGAAAGUGCAGCCUAUGAAAUCAUGAGGUCACUUGACGUUGACUAUGUCCUGAUCAUCUUCGGCGGUGUUAUCGGCUACUCGGGCGAUGACAUCAACAAGUUCCUGUGGAUGGUGCGCAUCGCGGAGGGCGAGCACCCCAGGGACAUCAGGGAGAGUGACUACUUCACCCCACAGGGAGAGUUCAGAGUGGACAAAGCCGGCUCCCCCACCCUCCUCAACUGCCUUAUGUACAAAAUGUCUUACUACCGCUUUGGAGAAAUGCAGUUGGACUUCCGGACACCACCAGGCUUCGACCGGACACGCAACGCUGAGAUUGGCAACAAGGACAUAAAGCUGAAGCACCUGGAGGAAGCCUUCACCUCCGAGCACUGGCUGGUCAGGAUUUAUAAGGUGAAGAAGCUGGAGAACAGAGACCGGGUAGAGCACAAGAUGAGAAGCACUGACACCACUAAGCAGAAGUACACCUCCAAAAAGACAGCCAAGAGGAAGCGUGGAUACAUCAGGAACAAGCUUUCCCUCAAAAAGGGCAAGAAACUGACCAAGAAAUCUUUAUAGAGCAUCCAGCACCGACAGAGGCACAUUGUGGACGGGAGGGAGGGAAAACAAAACAUACAACUUUCGACAAAAACAAGCAGCAACGGUAAAUCCACCAAUCAAGAUGAACGAUGAACACCUGAGGUUCUCCAACCCUUGUCACCCUGCCAGACUCACCGCGAGGCCCUGGCUGGAAAUGUUCUCGUCGCCCCAGGAGAACCUCGACUGUCCUUUGACCUGAUAACGCAGGGUGAAGGAGAUGUUGGCUUGUCUGAGGUCCUCCCACACUGGUUUUAACCUGAGGAACUGUGACCUUGACCCACUUUUCUUUUUGUACUUGAAUGUGAGAGGAGACGGGGAGAGCCAGAGAGAUUAGCUGUCCUUGAUCCUGGGGCUCAGUUUGGGACUGUUUUAGCAGUGCGUCAUUCAGAUAUAAAGUAACACCUGUUAGGGUCCCUGAACAAACGGAGACCACUGUCCUACCACAUCUCUAAUUCAGUGCUGAAACCCUACUAAUACUCAAAUUGCGGUAAAGAGAAAUGUCAGCAUGAAGGGGACGGUGUCAUCACCUUGUUGUUAGUUAUUAUGUUCUUGAUAGAUAAUGAAUGUAAUGUAAAAUCAGAAGAACUGUUUUUACAUUACAUCGUAUCUGCUCACCACCCCGCUUCUUUAGUCUUCGGUGAUACGAUGGAAAGCCCCGAUGUUGGAACAUAUUCACUAGUCCGUUUUUUAUUUGAUUCAUUUUCUUGACUUUCUCCUUAAAAUUCUCUUGUAACAAUUGUGUGAUUACGUUCCAACAAUCGGUGGCUUUUUUCUGCUCAGAAACAUCCAGCAUUGAUCUCCUGACAGGACAGCUCAUUUUAGAACCAAACUGCACAUUAAGGGUAAUUCAGGUUUAUUAACGUGGUGUUUGUUUGACCAUAGUGGCUUUUAGUAAAUAUCACACUCAACUGAACUGAUUGGAUUUGUUUCAAAGCUACAUUUCAAAAAAUAAAAAAAAAUAAAAGACAGGAAGAUCAACUCUGGACUCAAGCUGCAUGAUCAGUAGAGUUCUUAACUAAACCACCGAGUUAUCUAGAACUAGAGAAUUUUUUAAACUUCUCCAGGGCAGUACAAGUCAAACUACAAAUGUUUAUACAAGCAGAGUUGUAUAACACCCCCCCCCCCCCCCAACCAUGAAUGGGAAAGCGAUAUAGAUAAUGGACACUUAAAUACAUUGUGUUAGUGAUGCCCAGCUGUCAGCCAUGACUUAAACCAGCAUCAUAUCAUCCUAACUGAUUGGAAAAUAUGAAUCAUUGAAUCAUUCAUUUAUUUGAUUAAAUGUUAAGUCUACCAUUGUCCAUCACCAUGAAGUGUUUGGUUCCAAUGGCAGAACAAAAUAAAACCAUGUUAACAACUGAGCACCUGAAAUACCCAGAGAAAAAAACAAACAGUUCAUGCUCAACUUAAGAAAAUCAGUCAAACAAUCAGCGAGGACACUUUAAUAACCAGUUACUGAGCGAGGAUCCAAAGUUCUUCAGAAGCCCUACUUCAAAGAAAAUAAGACCCGAGUUCUAACAAACCUGAAUCAUCCUUCAAGCUGUAUGUGCUGUUCUGUUGAGGAGAGAUCUGUAGCAGCGCUGUGGAUUUCACUUAGUAACAUAUCUUUGUUUUAGAUGCUUCAAGGGAAGCCAGGCCAUGAACCCUGGUCUACAUCUGACCCCUUAAUGAGAAUGCAUGAGAGGUGCAGCAGUCCAUCUCAGUCUGUAACACAUUGAGGCUGUUUACUGCGUGUAAAGAUGGAUGAAGCAUCUCCACCUUCUCCCCUGUGACAGGAACUGACAUAAAGCACAUUUAGAGCCGGAGUCAGCACUGUAGGCUGGUCGAGCCGCAGUAUUAAAUCCCGCCCCGCUCCGCGAACCAAAACACACAUUUAACUUAACGCUAUAAAACAGCAAAGAUCCCUCAGGUGGGUACAGUCCACAGCAGAACAGAUUUUGCAUCAGUUUGAAGAAGACAUUCACGGUCAGUAUGGAAAGUUCCAUGACUCUUGUGUCAGCAUUCGGUACAAUUUAAUUUAUUUUUUGGGGCAAUUUCCUCCUGCACACAGCCCUACCUACAUUUGUCAACAGAGCUGCUGAUCACGGAGCAAUAGCUCUUUUUACAGCAUCAAAUAAGUCAUUAAGUCAAAACUCAACUUUCCCGGAAAUUAAACGCAGAGUAUAAAUCUUCAUGAUAACAACUAUAGUGACAGAAACCAGGAUGGAGAAACAAUUAUUUGACUUGGAUUAGAUUUUAUAGUGUGACCCUUUUCCCAUCUGGCUGCUGUAUAAGUCAUAAACCUCCUCAAUGACAACAGUCAGUAGGGGGGAGCUCUCAAUGUUUUCUCUUAACUUUCAGUCCAUCGUUCUUCAGUCUAUUGUUGAGGCAUGAAGCAGAGUCAAACACUCUUUAACAUUUAAAUGAUCUCUGGCUGCAGGAUUUCUCAUAACAGGGGAGAUUGUUUAUCACAAUUUAAUUACACUUUAAAUACACAUCCCCUGGGAGUCACUACCAUUGGGUGUCUGCUAGUGUCAUAAUAAAUAUGUCUAUUACAAGAAGCAUUCAUUUGCUCAUAUUUGAAACCCUUUCAGCUUCAUCAUCCGAGACCACUAUUUCACAAAAAAAAAAAAUCAUGGAAACAUGGUUGUGUGAGGAGCAGAAUGUGUUGAGUUGCUCCACACGACCUUCAGUGAGUGUGACGUGUGUCCACCUGGUUCCCUUCGAUCUGCUGUCACAUGUUUCUGUGCACUGUGUAGAUAAGUGGUACAAUAACAGCAUCACUCUCUGCUUCCACCACAUACUCCCUCGUGGAUUGACAGACGUGCUCAGAAGUCCUCUGAGCUGCCAGCAGCAGGAGGACGAGGCUUUCUAAUUGGCUGAAUUUCUCCUCUUUCUUUUUUUUUUUUUUAAAUCUUCAUUUCUGUCAGGCAACCAGUGGUGUGGAAGCGUCUACUUCUUCCUACAAUGUGAUUUGAAAGUCUUAACUUGCUCCCUCUGUGAACUGAACAUCUCUCUUUAACUCGAUCUGCUUUAUUCUUGCUUCUUGACGAUAUUCAAAGAAACAUGUCCAUCCUUUUGCGAUUCAACUUUGAUUCUGUUGUGACGUUUUAUGAAAAGUACACCACCUUAAGCGAAUCCAGGCCUUAACAAAAAGCGUUUCGAGAAAACAUAUCCUUUUUCCAGGGCUUGACAGAGUCGAUGAGUGUAUUUAUUACAUGGACGAUGGAGGCUGCGAUGAUUUAUGACGCCGUAGCGUCCUAUCACAUAAUGCAAGGAUUUUUAUUUGUUUUUCUGAGUCAAGGUUUCUUCCAUCAAUUGUAAUGAUCUGGAUACAGGUGUGAGAAUGAAACAUGCCUUUUUGGAAUAAAGAGGUUGAAAUAA